AUGUUAAACUCAGCACUCACUAUAGAAGCAAUUGCCCAGCUAACCCAAUACAUACAGGGCAAUCAUACUAAACCUUCAGACAUGUCCGACCUUCAAUGGACUCGACUGCAAGAGAAAGCAGGCAAUUUUCUGGUUCAUAAUAACAGGCUAUACUACGCUGGUAGUGAAGAGCAUGAUAAUCUACUAGAAGCAAUUGGCAAUGAUGACAGUGCGAAGUUAGAGAGCAUUGCCAAGCCAGUGCAUAUCGAAAACGGGCAUAUGGGGCCAGAAAGGCUUUAUCAAAAACUUCGAUGUAAUUAUCUGGGCUUCACUCGCAAAGCCAUUCGAGAGGUAGUUAGCAACUGCUCUACCUGCACAGCAAACAAUCCCAUGCAGCAUGUUGAGUGCAACUAUCCAAUGAUGCAUCUGCAGAUUGACUGUAUUGAUAUGCGCCACUUGGCGCACAGCAAUGAUGGAUACGGUUGGAUCUUAAUAGUUCUAGAUGUCUGUUCUAAGUUUAUUAUGGCCGAGCCAAUGAUAAGAAAAACAGGCAAGACUGUUGCCAAAAAGUUAAGCCAUCUCUUUGCCAUAACCACUCGCCCGUGGAUAGUUCAAUGUGAUAAUGGCGAAGAGUUUGUCAAUGAUGAUGUUAUAGCUCUUAUGAAGCGCUUGGGCAUUGACUACAGACACAGCCAAUCUCAUCUACGCAUUAUGGGCCAAGUGAAGCGGGCUAUUCAAAGCCUAGUUCGAGGUCUGUUUGGUUCUGCGACAUGCAAGGACCCUGAGCGCUGGAUUGAUGACCUGGAUAUUGCCCUUGAUUUCCACAACCGAGACCACCAUCGAGCCAUUAACCAAGUCCCUGUUGAUGUAUGUUACGGCUGGCCGGCAUCUAGCCGCCGCCCAAUCAUCUUCGAGGACUGUCAAGAGGUUUAUGAGCAAGAAGUAACCCGGAUGUUCCAAUGUGAGCCAGAGAACGUCACCGCUAUUAAUCCAAUACCGAAAUGUACUCCUUCCGUAGAAGACCCAAAAAUAAUGCUUAUCCCUGUGAAGAUAACUCCAGUCGACCAGCGAAUAGAUGCCAACCACCGACGGAAGUAUCUGAAAGCAAUGGACCGAAACCGCAACAACCGUAUACGAAAAGCAAGAGCACCACAAGACACUUCUAGUUGA